AGCACCUCCUGCUUUAUUCUACGCGUCCACAUAUCCAGAGAGUAGGCUACGACAGCCUCUUUGUUUGCCGCCGCAUAACAGAAGAGAGCUGGAAGUGAACGGAGAGAUACGGGACCUGUGCGCAAGAGGAGGCGACAGAGGGUUCAUGUGUGGUGCUGUAUUGCUACAUCCACAAGAGCCUGUGGUGCUGAAACGCGCUCAGUUGCUGCAGCGAGCGGAUCCCCGCUAAUCAAGAGGAAAAGGGAUUUUUUUCCCGUCAUUCCAUUCAAAGACAAUCAUUGUCGAGGAUUUAUUCCAGGAACUUGGAUUGAUGCAAUAAUUGCGCGUUUAAAGCAACUUGAUUGUUUGAACUAAAUAUCGGGAAUACCAGGUGAACACGGAACGACAUAAAGUUUCCAACUUUAAAGACACAAUCCGAGACGGUCAGCAUUGAUGCGUUGACUGUUCAGAUGAUAAUAAAGACUUUCAGCUCUCAGAACUAAGGUGAUAAUACUCUGCAGUUUAUACAAACCGUUAUAAACGUGGGCGAGGGUCAGCGAGAGCUCCAGCAUUUACUCCAGCCGAGCUGACGCGUUAAUUGGGAACACGCUGGGAAGCUUUUUGACGCACAAUUUCCUUGUUUCUGGAGUGCAGAUCGUGACAAGUGUUGAAGACUCCAGAAAGAUGUUGUCGUUUUACAUCGCAUUGUGCCUUUUAGGAACAGUGUCGCAAGCAGCCUAUUUCUCCCAGCAGCCCCAGGACCAAGUAGUAGUUGCUGGCCAAUCAGUGACCUUGCCCUGUGUGAUUGUGGGAUAUCGAGGCAUGGUGCAGUGGACCAAAGAUGGCCUCGCGCUGGGCGGAGAACGAGACCUACCAGGUUGGGCACGAUAUUCUCUGAUGGGUGACCUACAAUCAGGUGAGCACAGCUUGGUGAUCGAUUCAGCUGAGCUAGGCGAUGAUGCAGUCUACGAGUGUCAAGCCACGCAGGCUGGGCUACGAUCACACAGAGCCAAACUGACUGUGCUGGUGCCACCUUCAGAUCCCAUAGUGGAGGGGGGGCCAGUGGUCAGAUUGAAAGCCCACGCCCCUCACAACCUGACAUGCCGGGCAUCUGGGGCCAAACCUGCUGCGGAGAUUACCUGGUACCGUGAUGGAGAUAUAAUGCAUGAUGCUGUCUACUCAAAGAGUCUGAUGGAGGAUGGAAAAAGAGAGACAGCGGUUAGCAUGCUCCCUAUGGUGCCUGAGGACAGCGAUUCUGGACGUACAUAUACCUGCAGGGUCCUAAACCCUGCUGCCCCUGCGGGUCGCCAGACUUCGGUUACCAUCAAUGUUCAACAUCCUCCAUCUGUGACUCUGUCUGUUCAGCCGCAGACGGUAAUGGAAGGAGCAAAAGUGUUGUUCAUCUGCUCUGCCUCUGCCAACCCUGAGAUCACAGGUUACAGAUGGUCCAAAGGUGGGAUUCCGAUAUCAGAGGCUAAUGGUGACAGCCUGGAGGUGACGGUGGACCACUCCUACUUCACAGACCCAGUGUCCUGCGAGGUGUCCAACUCAGUAGGAAGUACUAAUGUCAGCACCUUGGUGGACGUACAGUUUGGUCCCAGGUUGCUGACAGAACCCAAACCCCAAAUGGUGGACACUGGUAUGGAUGCUACUUUCACUUGCUCAUGGACUGGCAACCCUCCCCUCACUCUGGCCUGGACCAAACAAGGCUCCAGUGUGGUGCUCAGCAAUAGCAACACCUUCCAGCUGAAGGCAGUUACACAGGAGGAUUCUGGGACAUACACCUGCAAAGCCAUCGUGCCUCGGAUUGGUGUGGCUGAGAGAGAUGUAACUCUAACUGUCAACGGGCCUCCCAUCAUCACGGCUGAUGCCACGCAGCAGGCUGUCAAGCAUUCCAAGGGCAAGCUGGAGUGUCUAGUGGGCAGCAGCCCUCCACCUGACAAGAUUGUAUGGACAUUUGGGGACAUGACCCUGGUAUCUGGUUCCUCUGGUCGUUUCUCAGUGCAGACUGUAAACAGUGACCACGGGGUCCUCUCCUCACUCAUCCUCUCAGAGACUCAGUCGCAAGAUUUCCAACUCCGGUACAACUGCACUGCUUGGAACCGCUUUGGUACAGGAACUGUACUACUCACUCUUGAAGAGCAAGAGGCGCUUCCCUUGCUUAUCAUCAUCGGAGCGUCGGUGGGAGGAGGCUGCGUCUUUAUCGUCUGUGUCAUUACCCUGGUUUCCAUCUACUGCCGCCACACUGCCAAAGGUGAGGUAAAAGGCAAAAAGGGCACACGCCUGCCUAAGAGCGACAUCCGCGUACAAAUCGUCCACAGUGAUCACAACGCAGCACGGGGAAAUGAUGAUGAGGAGGAUGUGAAGGAGCCUAUGGCCCCAAACAGCAGUGAGUCUCCAGGAACAUCUCGCACAGAACACAGUGACCUACUGGAGGAGGAGGAUGAUGAGAGAUCAGAUAUCAAGGACCCAACCAAUGGCUACUACAAUGUGCGGGCUCACGAGGACCGCCACAUCACCAGAAGUGGGUUAUCUGAAUAUGCCUCUAAUGCUCGCCCAGUCUACACUCCCUCUCAGGUUCCCUCCCCAAGCCCACUGUACGGCCAGCAAUCCACGCAGCCCCGGAUUUAUGACUUCUCACAGCAUUACGCCACAACCCCUGCCACACGCACGACCACCUAUGAACAACAGCAGCAACAACAGCCACAACAGCAAACUCCUGCGAUCUACCCCCAGGAGCCACACUACGCAGGCUCCGCCUACCUGCCCGCCACCUACGGCCGAGCCUUCACCAGCUACGUCAAACCAGCCUCCUACGAGAAGGUUGAUGCUUAUGAGAAUUCAGACCAGGCAAGCAAGGUGUCCAACUCCUCCCGCUUCUCGUACGCAUCUUCGCAGGUGUCAUCACAGCAAUCCGACUACGGACGGCCCUCACAACAACGCAUGCAGACUCAUGUGUGAUCGGCUCCCUUGAAGACCCGCUGUGGGUCUGGCGUGAUCAGCGUCACUUGACUUGGAACAGACAAUCUUCUGAACUGGCUUCAGGAGGGAUUAAGCAAACAUUACAUUAAGAUUCAAGAGUGAGGUUAGGAAUGCGGCCCUUGCUUUAUUGCUGUCUUGAUAUGAAUGUUGGAUCGAUUUGAAAGAACUUUAGAAAGAACUGCAAUGUGCCACUCAUGCUUGAGAGUCACCUACUUUAAAGUGAUUUACUUCGUCCAAACUUUACAAGAAAUGAACACUGUUCUUCAAUUUGUCCCUGUGGCACUGUAUUUGCAGAAAAAAAAAAUGCUCCAGCACUGACACUUCUAGAUCCUGGAGAAAAAAGUGAUGUGGAAGACGAGAAAACCUCUCCUGAACGAGGUCAUGACAAUACGCUGAAACACAAUCAAAAAAGACACGAACAACAGAAAAAGUAAAAAACUAGAAAAAACAUUAUUAUAAAUCCAUGUGUUGGCAUGCUGAUGGAAUUGUAAGCACAUUUGUGUAUCGAUGACAACAGGUUUUGCCUACAAAAAGUGGCUCAAAGUUCAAUCCACAAAGCAGGGGAGUAAACGGAAGCCAAGCGCAUGCACUCACCCUAAAAUAUUUCUCCAGAAGCUCCAUCUGCAGUCUGCACUGCUUUUGAGCUCUCUAGAGAGUAUUUAUGUAAAGCCUCAAUGGACCAGUGCAGGAAACUGGAAUUGGAAUGCUAUGAUAACAAGUAUGGACGAAAACCAUAAUAUGUUUUUCUGUCUGUCUGAUGGAGCCAAGAUUGGCCAACUCCCAAAGAUGAUAUCAGACAAAUUUAGAGGUGUGUUCUUUUAAAGCUAUAAUCACAAGGAUUCCUUUCAGAGUUCAGAGUAGAGCCCAUUUCAGGACCACAGUUUCUUAACGUCAAGCCUUGUAUGGCAAACCUAAAUUACCACACGGCCUUGUGGUGUGCAGUAAUACUCCUGUAAUGUUCCUUACGUGACCACAGUAUGUUAUUAAAGACAGAGUGUGCCAAGGUGAUUGUUAUGCCAUACUGACAUUGCUGACACCAUCAGGUAGCACCAACAUGUUUACAUAGAAAAAAUCAGAACAAGAAAUAGCAAGUGAAAUGCAGUACUAUCCAUAUCCACCUAGAGCCACUCCAAUGACUGUAAAAAGUUUUGGGAAUUUCACUCCUUCUGUCUGUUGCAUGCAGAUGAUGUGUGUAUGUGAUCGUAUUUAGCAUUUCUUCUCAUCUGUUUGUUCCUUGUGUGAGAAACCGCUUACUGCACCCUACUUCAAUUUAAUCUUGGAUACCUGAAUAUACAGUACAGGUUUCCAUACUGCCAUUAUCCUUUGAGCCUGAAUGUUUGGCUCCAUUUGGAAAGAUAAAAAAAAAAUCAAAAUGAACUGUAAGAUAGGUCAAAGAAAACAUUGCUUGUCUUUAUUUUUAUAUUUUAUAUAAGCCUUAAUGUACAGCGUGUAAGCUGCUCUAUUGUAAAGUACCUUUAUAUUAUAAAUGCAUAUAUCUAUAUCUUUGAGUUUACUUUAUUUGGUUCACGAUGGUUUUUACCCCAUGUUACUUAAUGUAUCAGUUUUGGAGAGGUGAAAGGUGGUGUUACACAACUAGUUUCUUUUUCUAACAAUGUUCAAAUAAUUUUAUUUGCUAAAAAUAAUGAGCUAUUGUUGCUUGUAACUUUGUACACAUAUUUAUAUUUAAAUAAAACCAUU